GUAGCGGGUGAGGAAUCAGUGGGGAGUGGCGGGGAGUCCCGGAGCAAUGGAGGAGGUGGGAAGUGGGCGGAUGUGCAGCAGGAUACGCCCGGGGCCUGGCCGGUCCGGUCGGGCUAGGGGCGCAGAGGGAGAGAGGGACGGGGCGGCGCCCGGCUGGGCUGCCCAGCUCGCUCACCUCGCCCUGGCGGCGCGCCCCAUAGAGACUCGCGGGGAGGGGAGUGGGCCCUGCGGGCCUUGGGAUUCCAGGACCGCCCUCCCCGGGUCCAAGGCUGGCGGCGAGAGGCAACGACGGCUGGAGCUGCAGCGGCAGUAUGAGAGAGGACGCCGCUGCUCCCCGCCUGCGGACGAGCGGCCCGCGGCGGCGGCUAUGUCUGCGCGCGCCCCGGGGGCGCCGUGGGUGCCCGGGGGCCGCCGGCGGCGCGGAGCCUGGGGGCUACCACGGACCGCCUCGGCGCUGGUGGCCGCUGGCCUGGUGUGCACGACCCUGGCUGCCUACGCCUGCUGGGGGCAGCUACCACCGCUGCGCUGGGCCUCCGAAGCCCCGCCGCGGCCGGUGGGCGUGCUGCUGUGGUGGGAGCCCUUCGGGAGGCGUGACAUAGCUACGAGGCCGGCCCCCGACUGCUGGCUGCGCUUCAAUAUCACCGGCUGCCGCCUGCUCACUGACCGUGCGGCCUACGGGGAGGCCCAGGCUGUUCUUUUCCACCACCGAGACCUCGUGAACGGACCCCCCGACUGGCCCCCGCCCUGGGGCGUCCAGGUGCGCACAACAGAGGAGUUGGAGCUGCGGGUGUUGGACGACGAGGAGGAAGCUGCGGCGGUGGCUGUCGAAACCCUGGCUGCCUCCGGCCCCAGGCCACCGGGUCAGCGCUGGGUGUGGAUGAACUUCGAGUCACCCUCCCACUCCCCCGGGCUGCGAAGCCUGGCAGGUAAUCUCUUUAACUGGACGCUCUCCUACCGGGCCGACUCUGACGUCUUUGUGCCUUAUGGCUACCUGUACCCCAGAACCCAUCCCAGCGACCAGCCUCCAGGCCUGGUCCCCUCGCUGGCCCGGAAACGCGGGCUAGUGGCCUGGGUAGUGAGCAACUGGGAUGAGCGCCAGGCCCGGGUCCGCUACUACCACCAGCUGAGCCAGCACGUGUCCGUGGACGUGUUCGGCAAAGGUGAAUCCCGGCGGCCAGUGCCUGACAUUGGGCUCCUGCACACGGUGGCCCGCUACAAGUUCUACCUGGCUUUCGAGAACUCUCAGCAUCUGGAUUAUAUCACCGAGAAGCUCUGGCGCAACGCGUUGCUGGCUGGGGCGGUACCGGUGGUGUUGGGUCCCAAUCGUGCCAAUUACGAGCGCUUUGUGCCCCGCGGUGCCUUCAUCCACGUGGACGACUUCCCUAGUGCCUCCUCCCUGGCCGCCUACCUGCUCUUCCUUGACCGAAAUCCAGCUGCCUACCGCCGUUACUUCAACUGGCGCCGGAGCUAUGCGGUGCACACCAUCUCCUUCUGGGACGAGCCUUGGUGCCGGGUCUGCCAGGCUGUGCAGAUGGCUGGGAACCGGCCCCAAAGCAUACGCAACUUGGCUCGCUGGUUUGAACGGUGAAGCCACCCUCUUCCUAGGUGUAAUUCAGGGAGGCUAAGUCAUCAGCUUUUUGAUCCUCUGCUGUGCAUCUCCUUGAGUGCCGGGUCAUGGGACUAAGUUUUCCAAACACCCAGUUUUACUCUAUGGGAAGAAGGUGAUUUACCGAUUAACAUUAUUCAGCACAAAAACUGGGUGAUAAAGGAUCCCUGGUUCUCAUGUUUUUUCCCCUGCACCUAGCAGUUGGGCUCCCUCUGCUGUUGAUUGAUGGGCAUGGGUGUUCAGGGGAGAAGGGGGGUCCUUCCUCAUCUUGUAACAAAGCAGGGCAGAGGUGAAAAAAGAGCUUCAUGACUAGAAGCUGUUAAGGCAGUUGCUCUGAAUUUCCUCAUCUGCCACAGGCCAUAUUUGUGGCCUAUGCUGAACUGAGCCCAAAUUUCGUACACACUGCUCCUCGACUCACAUUUCACCGAGCCAAUGUGCAGCAAACCCCCGGUUUUAGAAAGAGCCUUGUUGCAGGAUAGUGGAAGGACUGUGGCCACAAGGGGGUCUUUUUCUUGGAUUCCUCAAAGCCUCAGCUCCUAAGAAAGGUGAGGAGAGGGGUCCAAGAAUCCACUGACUGUUCCUUAACAAGUACUGUUUGUUCCCCUGCCCCAUGAAUGGAAACAAGAUGCUGGAUUGUCCUUGGAGAAAAGUUAAGAUGAAUAUACUUGUAUAAGUGUACCUCACUUUACACAGAUAUAUUCCUGAAAAGCUGCUUUUCAAUCAAAUCUCAAGUUCACUGCCCUAGUGGAGUUCAGUAUUUAGUCAAACCCUAUGGAGAAUCCCUUCACAAUGUGAAUAAUCACCUCCUAACUAUUUCUUCUGUGUCUGUAUUUUUCCAUAAUCUGAAUUGUUUUAAAAAGCAUAUUAAAAUGAUAGCUGUGAACGUAAAGUGGAAACAACCAUCUUCUUCCCUCUUCCCAGAAAACCAGACUGUGUUAACAAACAGAAGAAAAAGAAGCCAUGGUGUCACUUUCUACAAAAUCACUUACUUUGCGUAUUGACUGGACCCCAAAUUUAAACUAGAAUGUCAGCCCUCCAAGGGUGUUUGCAUUACCUGUCUGCAGAACAGUGAAAAAUAUUGUACUGUAUUAUGGAAUCAUGCAAAAGGAAAACAGUUUUCUCAUGCCUGCUAAUGGCAGUUUUUGUUUCUCUGUCAGUUUUUUGUUAAGUGUUUAGUUGCUAGGGAAUGGAACUUAAUUAGUGCCUGUGAUGAACGUUGUCUUUUGUUAAAGGGUGAAUUUGCAGUUCUCCCGGAGGCCAGCAGUUUCCCCUCCUAGUCUGCAUAGUAUUACAUAAUAUCCUCUCAUUUCUAGUGCCUUUGAGACUGUGCCAUGGGAUCAACUUAAAAAAUAUAUGCAUUGACUUUAAAAGUUGUUGAAUGAGCAGCAUGUUCAAUAAGUGUUACCAUGUGCCUACUCUGUGCCAAACACUGGGCUUGGGGUGCCACCGGAAAGACAAAAAUGUGUAAAACUUGGUCCCUCUUUUAAGGCUCUUACAAUCAACUACUGCCAACAAGUAAAUAGUGAUUUGAUAAAUCAGUUGGCAGAAUCUGUUUGUUUAAAGUGACAUUCUUAGUGAUACAGACCAUAAAUGAAGUAUUAGAAAGCCAGUUGAGUUACAGCCUGAAAUCGUUUAUUUUUCUCCUUGGUUUAUUAUAAUAAAGACCCUCAGUGAUUAAUUAUUGCGGGCAGGGUCCAAGAUUAAUUUGGUUUAUGCAGAGUUUUGGUAUAAACAGUAAUUUUGCAUUUGACUACUACAAUUAGCUGAAUCCUCAGUUUUUAUCUCUGCAUUUGUUAUAGACUCAUUUAAAUCUAAAAAGUGUUUCGAUCCUCUCUUAUCCUUAAAAGGAGAAAUUAAAAUCUAUGGACAAAAUUUCCUUAUUAAAAUAGUAUAGCGUGGGCAGAAUUAUAUUUACAAAGUAUCACCUAUCCAGUAAAGAAAAGGAAAACUUCUAUUCUUAAAAUGAGUGUUAAUGAGAUAUUGGCCAGUGACUUUGGUGUUACGGGAAAUCUACAUGGGGCAGUGAGAGAGAGUUUGGGUUUUGAAGGUAACCUGGCUUAGAUUUGAAUUCUAGCAGUGUGACCUUGGGCAAAUUAGUAAUAACCCUGAGCUUCAGCUCUCUUAUCUGUAAAAUGGGGAAGGAAGAUAUUUCACAGCUCACUGUGAGUAUUUCAGGAAAUAAAAUAGGUAACGGUGCCUAACACAGUAGUCACUCAAUUGAUAAGAAAGAGAUGUUUUCUCCUUUCCAUGCAGUGAUUUCAGGAUGCCGCCAUAUCCAUUUAUAUGUUAAAAAUUAAAGCUCAAGGUAUGUCUGAAAUAAAAGGAAGGGCCUUUUGUAGUGUACAUCAAAUUGAAUCCCUAAAGCUGAGCUAUAUUAUUUCAAAAAUCAUCAUUGCCAUUUAGAUUGAGUUUGAAUUUGCACCUAUGCUUUCUUUGAAAAAAAUUUUGUUUUUGUUUUCGUUAGGUUAUAUAGUUAAAUAAGUAACUUGUUUUACUAAUGCUCCUCUUAGCAUUAAGUCUAUUUACACAUGAGGAAGGUGUAAUUGCAUUUUUAUUUGCAAAUUUUGGGUAUGGAACAAAUGGAAUGUUUUUCUAGGCUAAUAUUAUCAAAGACCAAGAAAAAUGUAGCAAUUGCUUAUUUUAUGUUAUUUUUCAUAUUCUAAAUUGAGUAAAUUAAAAUUUCACAUACAUUAAUAUAAGAUGCAUACAAAUGCAUCAUAUAGAUUUCAAAAUGUCUUUCCAGUGAUUGACAUGCCCUUUCUUUAAGACAUAAACUUUUCUUUUAAUUUAUUACAAAUUUAAUAGUUUUAGUCCUUGGUGACUCUUAACUACAUGAAUGAACCUGGAAUGAUAUUUGUAUCAGGAAGACAGUCUGACUUGCUUUCAGUAUUCACAGGUCCUUUCCAGUUUCCAAGCCCUUCCCUGGCAUCAGGGCGACAGGGUGGUUUUAUGGAAAGAGCUUGCAAUUUUGGAGUCAGAACCUGGGUAUGUGGUUCUGCCACUUUUUGCCCUUGUGGCCCUUAUUAGGCAGGGCCUACUUAAACUGAGUUUUAGCUUCCUCCUUUAUAAUAAUGCAUGAAUGCCUCUACAAGGAUUAAAUGUGAUGAUGUACACAAGGUGCUUUGUACAUUGUAAAGCACUGUACGGUUACAGGAUGCUCUAAAUUUUCAAGGCUCUACAUUAGUAGGAGUUGGCAUACAUUUUCUGCAAAGGGCCCGGAGAGUAAAUAUUGCGUAUUUUAGGCUUUGCAGGCCUAAAAUAGUCUGUGUUGCCACUACUGAACUCCACUGUUUCAAAAGCAGCCUUUGACAAUACAGAAACAAAUGGGGUGCCUAGAUUUGGCCCAUGGGUCAUAGUUUGUCAACUCUGCUCCAGACCUCCAGCGAUGUAAGGAAUUUGAGAACCUACCUGAUGGGGGAUUCUUAGAGAAGGGACUUAAGAAUUGGAAUUUUUAAAUUUUGGAGGCAGAUAUUCCUGGGUUCCUAGACCAGCUUUGCAACAUUUCCUAAUUGUUGUACCUUGGGCAAAUUAUUUAAGCUUUCUGUGUUUUGAUAGUCUCAUCUCUAAUUGAAGGUAAUUAUAGAUGAGAAGGAGAUGUUGGGAGAAUUAGAUAAGACACUUAAAUACUCAGUAAAAAAAAAGUGUCUGGCGUGUAGGAAGCACCUGAAGAUGUCAACUGUGAUUAUCACCAGUCCAUUUUGCAGGAGAAGCAGCUGAGGUCCUGACCCAUUGAAGGACUUGCCUAAGGUGACAGUAGUAGUGGCAGAACCAGCUGUGCUUGUGCUUUGAGCCUCUAUCACUUGAAUUGCAAAUGAGAGAGUUGGCCAAAAUCUUCCCUUGGGACUUCUAGUUCCACUUGCCAUCAUUCUACUAAACUGCCACCCUAGGGCUUUAAGAACUAAUUCACCUCCCACUGUGCCUUCUUACAGUCUGGAAAUGACUUACUACACAGCGUUAGGAAAUGGCAGAAAACCACAUAUCAGAGAGGGAGACUUUUAGCACAUAUAUUAUAUUAUAUAUAUAUACAUAAUAUAUAUUUUAAAGUGUCACAUGCCUUAGGUAUCAGGGAAGGGAGCCAAGUCCUUGGUAAUUAGUAUGCUGAUUGUACUGAAUACAUCUCCAGUCAUUUUUGAAUCUGUCUCAGGGACUUUUAUGCCACACAUUCUUAUAUAACAGAUUAAAUAUUUAUAUAUACAUGUUCGGGUUAUUUUGACAAAAUGAUUAAAGUAAUGAGAUUGAACACGAGUCUUUGUUUUAUAAUGUGUAUUUCGCAGGCAUUAAUGUGGUUAAACAUGACACAUGGGAUGCUUUUUGGUCCAGGGGUUUCUAUAAGUUCAUUGGUUCUAGACUGGUAACUGAAAUGUGAUGGUUUUGCCUCUGAGUUGCACCUGGUCCUGUUCAGCUUGACCUCUUGUCUUUCUUGCGUGGCUUCCUCACUUCAACAUGAUGACUUGUCUCCAAGGGCAUAAGUAAUAUACUCCUUUUUCUCAUUCCAAUUUAUUUUACUAAGUUCUCUGAUGCCCUCUAUGUACAGUCUCAAGCUCCUGUUCACUAAAUUAAACAAUGCCACUUUUAAAGAGGUGGGAUAAAGUCUGGGAAUGUGAUGGUGGGUAGCGGCAUCUUUCUUAGCAGUCAGUGCUCUAAUUAUUGAAAGAGGAAAAUAUGAAAUUUGAAAAAACACUGAAUACUUUCUCUGGUUUCCUUCCUCCAACACACACACACACACACACACACACUGAUGUGUUCAUUUCAGAACAGAUUUUGAAAAAUGAUGAUGACCAGCUGAGGAUAAGAGUGACAAGAAAAGGAUUCAGGAAUGAAUGAAUGAGUAAAAGCACAAGUGCACUAUAAAGUAGAACAGAUGGUGAAUAUAGUUGAGGAGUAAAGAGAAAAAAGGAAGAAGGAAAGACAUUGGGGUAAGCAAGUAAGGAGAGUUGGAAGAGAAAGGGAGUUGAGACAGAAAAAAAAAAGGAAAGGGAAGAUAAGGGUUCAAUGACAAUGAAGGAGGUAGGAUAAGGGAGGAACAUAUGCACAGAGAAUGAGGGAAUGGUGUAAAAGCCACCAUUCACUGCCCCUUUUCUAAAAAGAACCCUUUGUUCCAGCUUUAAAUGCAGCAUCUGUUGGCAAACGGAGAAUGAAAUC